AGACAACAACAACAAAGCCGAUUUUCGUCAUCUGCGCGCGCCCACAACGUGAUUGUUUGCUGAACGAAAUCCUAUACCGAGGUUUGUUCGUUGUCCACUGCUAAGUUUUACGGAUAUACUCAAGGAUACGUUUUGAAACAACAUUCCUUUACUCAAUGAUAGCCUGCAUGCGCUGACUGAACCUCCGCCUUCAAAGCUCGAAGCUACAGUCUCCAGGCCAAGUUUACCUAAAGGCUCUCCAUCUUCAUCUGAAUAUUGGUUUACAUUAAUCAGCGCACUGUAUAGGCCGCAGAUAGCAAAAUCACAGGGCCUUGGCUUGUAGAAUCCGGUCAGAAAACAUGAUGCGCAAAGUUGUACCACGCAGCGUUGGUGUUGACACAGAUCGUGGUUUCUUACCAAAUCUCCCAUCACCAUAUACAUUUACAGGUGCACGAUCUGAGCAGACAAGGACAAAGACCUCCGACUUCACAACGACCAGCACAAUUCUAGUUGGCUCCGAUCUCACACCCUUCCAAAUUCACACUAGCCUCCUUACAUCGAAAUCCUCCUACUUCCGCGCCGCACUCAACGGCCCGUUGGUAUUCAUAGAAUCAGAAACCAACAGUAUAACACUUGACGAUGUCUCCGUUGAGCACUUCCAAAUCCUCGUCACCUGGCUCUACACCUCCAUUCUAUCCACGCCUUUCAAAGACGAAAAACCAGCAUACUAUACUCUCCUCCAUGUCUACGCUCUGGCCGAUCGACUAGCUCUAGAAGGCGCCAGGAAUGCUGUCGUGGACGUGAUUAGCGAUCUAGCUGAUGAGACGAAUAGCGUUCUGACGCCUUGUGAUACUCGUAUUCUGUACGAAGAAAUUCGUGAUUCGUCACCUUUACGCACCCUCGUUCUCGAUCUCUUCGCGUUCAAGAAAACAGAUCGAUUGAUAGACUCGCAUGGGGAUUGGUGGCACGAAGACUUUCUUCGCGAUCUGACUGUGCAUUUGAAGAGGCCAUGUGCGCAGGCUAUGCAGAGGCAUCGGUUGCGGAUGUGGUGCCCGGUAUCGUGGCAUACCACUCGUGCUUGCGACUAUUGUGGGAUUGUGCUGCCACCUAGGUUUGGGGCGGUGGCUUGUGAAGACUGUUGUGUAGCGUUUUGUACACGGUGUGUGGAGGGGAGUGUUGCAAUGGCAAGGUGGGAGGAUGGGAGAGGGAGACUUGAGGUUUUAGAGGAGCAGGAAGAUAUUGCAGGUGGUGUAACCGGGGAGGUAAAGAGAUGGGAGGCAUGUAAGCCGUGGAGGGGAGCAAGGUGUGCGCUUUAUCAUGAGCAUGCUCAGACAGAGAGAUGCGCAGAUGUCUUUCUGGGGAGAUGA